AGUCCAGCCGAUGCAUCUGAACUUAACUCUAUAAAGACACUCACUGUAUACUCAUCACAAUGGUCUAUUUUGCAGGUUUGAUUGGGUUGCUGCUCUUUUUGACCGCUGAAGCCAGAAUUGGGAAUUCCUCUGAGUCUCCCUUCUGUACGGAGACAAAGGAAUGUUUGCUCUAUGAUCUGCUGUGUCAGACAGACGAUUAUGAGGUGCGCCACUAUGAUGCAGCCAAAUGGGUGACAACAGAUGAGGAAUCCUACGUUUUUGAUAAGGCCACAUACACUGCCUUUAUGAGACUCUUCAAAUACAUCAACGGAUCCAACAACGAUGGCGUCAAAAUUGAUAUGACUGCUCCAGUGAUAAUUAAAGUCCAGGAGAAAAAGAGGAUAUGGCAGUCAGCUAUCUACACGCUCAGCUUCCUGCUGCCCUCUGCCUACCAGAACGAUCCUCCUCAACCUACUGACAACAAGGUGUACUUUACAGACCUCCCUGACAUGAAAGUAUACGCGAGGACAUACGGAGGAUAUAUGGUGUCUUUGACAACCGCUUACAAUUCCAUGCAGCUGAAGAAGCAGCUGGACCGAGCCCAGGCCUCCUACAACACAGAAUAUUACUAUGCCGUUGGAUAUGACAGCCCAAUGAAGAUCAUGAACAGGCACAAUGAGGUCUGGUACAUCGCUGAGGGAGAGCCUGUGUGCCCAAGUUCUCCUUAAACAUCAUCCUCCAUUCAUGAAUGGAUGUGUUCCGUAUCUAACAGCUCCAUUAUACCGAACCAAUAGGCUUAAUAAGACAUUUAUAGUAUCUUAGGACUUUUUAGGUCUUUAGUCAUCUUCAUGUGAUAGUGAAUAAUAUAUUAAUAAAUGAUUAUCAGUUUCAUUACUCCAUUCUCAAAAAGUCUGU